AUGGAGCUUCCUGUAAAGCUCCUCCUGGAGGGAGCCCCGAAAAGGCAGCGGUAUUUUCGAGUGGCACAUAUUCUUUUUGGUGACGGUGGUGGCUGUGGUGGAGAGUGGCUUCAUGCGAGCGCGUGCGAGGAGCUCUUGGUAGCUGCUGCAGGGUACCUAAAGGAAGGAUUGAGUGUGCGUGAUGUGCAUAAAUUUCGACGUUGGUGUAAAGAGAACCCUCAUUGGUGUUUGGAGGAAUGCUUGGUGUCUACACAAGACGAAGAUGAUGUGGGCACACGGGCAGAUUUGGCGAUGCAACAUGCUCUUUCGGCGUUAGAUCGUUCGCGGGGUGAAGAUAUUGGUAGUGCGUCGAACCAGAGCUCUCCGUUAACGGCGAAAAGGAGUCGCUUGGAGGCAGUAGAACUGCAUGAAUUGAGGGAACAGCUACGUGUAGCCGAAGUGUUCGCUGACAUGCACGACCACGGUGCGAUGAGUAAAACUUUAAACCGCCUCCUGGUAUCGGUCCAGUCAAUGUAUCAAACGACUCUUAAUUCGCACAAGGUAGAGUUUUUCUUUGUGCAGCUCGAAAUUAUCCGACGAAGUGUGGAGCUUUUUCUAAGUAGUGGUGACCUGAAUGCUGUACGUGGUCUUGUGGGGGCCUCGACGACGACACUCAUCGAGAAUGCUGCACAGUGCCUGCUGUCGGCACAGGGUGGAAACUCAUCACAUGUGGCAUUGCAGCAGCGUUGCUCGGAGGAGAUGAUGUCAGAGCUGGAAGAGUGUGUCCUGUUUUUUUCCAUGGUGCGAGCCCUGGGCAUGUUUGAGGACCGCGAUUUCAAAGGCUUCGCGAACGUCUUCACGGCAAAUGGCCUGCGUGGGGCCAAAUGGGCCCCCAUCGCCGAAGAGUUGAUCACAAAACGAGGCACUUCGCAAGUCGCCGCCUCGUUGGGUGCACGUGUAAACUCCCCGGGCGCAUUACCUGCAAUUCGGAAUCUGCGUCGGUUUGUGGGGGAGUUCAUAACAUCAGGAACGCAACUAGGCGUAAUGUUGUUGUUUUGCGCCGUUGCAGCGCUGCCACGUAUGGAGGCGCUUGAGCUGGUGUCGCGUGUGGAUGUAAUGCAGCUUUGGGAAGAUGUUCCUGGUGCUCAUAUGAUUUUGCAGGCGUUGCGGCAAGCCAGAUUUGCCGACGCUCUUCGCUCUGCAUCCGUGUUAGCUACCAUGAUGCUGAAAACCGACCUUUUCGCCUACAAGCAUAGUGAACUACUUCUCCUGCAAAUGAAACAAAGCAUUAUUGCAGGGUAUACAAGUAGUUUUGCGCGUUUGGACUUGAGAAAGACGGCAAUGCGACUGUCAAUUUCAUUGGAAGAAUUGCAUCAAAUUCUGAGAAAACUAAUUAUAGAUGGUCGCCUCGCGGCGAAGAUGGACCUUGUCGCGCACGUGUUGUUGAGAACUGAACCGAAUGAGGAUACCCGCGAGUACUCAACCCCGUGUUCAGUGCUUUUAGACUGUAUUCACCGAAACGAUCGAUGUGCCGCAGAUUUGGAGCAGUCUCUGCGUCUGCUGUCAUUGCAUCGGCAUCGCGCGUGGUAA